CAUCCAUCCAUCCGUCCCUCCCCUCCCGGCGCCGGAGGGUGUGGCUCCUGGCCCAAAUGCUUGCUUGCUUGCUUGCGAGCCAUUCUCUCCACCUUUAACAAGCACCUCCACCCGCCGUCCUGAUGAGUGCCAUAGCCGUCCGGCUGGUUGUCUUGAUUUCAUCCUUUUCACCUCAUCGUCUGCCCUGUGCUCGCCUUCAACUUGCCCACGGCCCUGGAUGCAAGGAGCUUGGACGGACCGACGGCAAGGCGUGCUCGACGGAACAUAAGUCGUAGCCACGCCGUUGACCCCAGAAUACCCCGGUCGGCCGCUGCGCCGUACCGUGUCCACGGUCCGCGUCCGCCGCCGCCCAGACAAAACGGAUCGACGCGAACGUGUCCUGCAUCGUCGGCCUGCGUAUGCGCAAGUCGAUGGUUCGAAACAGGAGGACCUCGGCUUCUCAGCGACAUCUAACUCUGAAGGCAGCAUUUCUUCGGUGCUGUGCGCUUUCCGCGGCGCACCUGGCGAGCCCAGCAUGUCAGGCGUCGGGCCCCAUGCGCACCAGGCCCAGCAUGGGCUCCCGGCAGUUUCGCAGCCCUUCUUCCAACCACAGCGCGACGGGGCCACGAUACGCGGCGGCUCGGGGCCCAUGAUGGAUGCUUCGCACUUCUCCGAGCUCACGUACUCAUUCUCUGGCCUGCCGGACCAGGUGCGCAGCCAUGUCAUGUCCAUGCCAGCUGUGUCACACGUCGGGUACGAAGGUCCUGCGGCCGCGCAGUUCUCGCAUCACCACACCAUGGCGUCCACAUUGCCUCCCGAACCCCAUCCGAUGGCUCCCAUGGCUUCCAUGCCCCCAGCGUCGCUGCCUGUGGACUCGGACAACCACAGAUCAAGCCCCGUGGAGUCGGAUGACGACGGUGGAGUCGACAGGAACUCGCCAGCGGCCAACACUUUCGAGGACCCCGUAACCGAUGAGUUCGGCCUCCACGGUCGCAGUCGUGGAGACGGCAGCGACCUUGGCGGCAAGAAGGACGGAACGUCAGAUGCUCCCCCUGCGUGGAGCGAGCUCAAGACAAAGGCAGGCAAGGACCGCAAGCGCCUGCCGCUUGCGUGCAUCGCUUGCAGGCGCAAGAAAAUCCGCUGCUCCGGCGAGAAGCCCGCUUGUAAACACUGCCUGAGAUCCCGGAUACCGUGCGUUUACAAGGUCACGACGCGCAAGGCCGCACCUCGAACCGAUUACAUGGCCAUGCUCGACAAGCGAUUGAAACGUAUGGAAGAGCGCAUCAUCAAGAUCAUUCCCAAGGCCGAGCAAGAAGCAACUCCACUCAUCACUCGUGCCGUCGUCAAGCCGGCUAUUCCAGGCACCGAAUCAUCUAGCAAGCCCCUUUCCAAGAAGCGAGGCGCCGAUGAGGCAUUCGGCCCAGAUUUGGAGGCUUGGGCAAAGGCCCCAUCCAAACCCAAGCCUCCCCAAGCUGGAGACCAACAGUCGGCUGUCGAGGCGCAAGAAGGGGAAGAAGACAAGCUGCUACUCGAAGGUGCAGACGCCUUGCCGCCAAAGGAAGUCCAGGAACAUCUAGCCGAGGUCUUCUUCGAUAAUGUGUACGGACAAGCAUACCAUCUACUCCACAAACCCAGCUACAUGCGGAGGCUGAGAAACGAUACUCUACCCCCGGUGCUGGUGCUGUCAGUCUGUGCGGUUGCUGCGCGGUUCACGCCGAACCCCAAGAUCAGCCCUUCGACAAGGCCAUUCCUCCGCGGUGAAGAAUGGGCGUCACAAGCUCGGGAUAUCUGCACCAAGAGAUACGAGUGGCCCAACAUCACAAUCCUAACAUGUCUUUUGAUUCUAGGGCUUCACGAGUUCGGUACGUGCCACGGCGGGCGGAGCUGGGCUUUGGGUGGCCAAGCGAUUCGCAUGGCGUUCGCUCUGCAGCUGCACAAAGACUUGGAGUUCGACCCUCUCUGCCGCAAUAAGGUCCCACUCAGCUUCAUUGACCGCGAGAUCCGUCGGAGAAUCAUGUGGGCGUGCUUUCUCAUGGACAGGUUCAACUCAUCGGGGUCCGAUCGACCCAUGUUCAUCAAUGAAGAAACUAUCAAGAUCCCUCUCCCCGUUAAGGAACGGUAUUUCCAGUUGGACAUGCCUGUUCACACCGAGAUGCUGAAUGGGGCACCAUCGGCGGUCGGAACGACGGAUGACGGUCAACCGAGCUCAGCGGAGAACAAUAUGGGCGUCGCAGCCUAUACCAUUCGCUCUAUCGCCAUCUGGGGUAGGAUCAUAACCUACCUCAAUCAGGGAGGUAGGGAGUCAGAUGUCCAUCCAAUGUGGAGCGAAGAUUCCGAUUACGCAGCGCUUGUCCACGACACCGAUGAAUUCGUUGAGAACCUCCCUUCGUCUUUGCAAUACUCACCGCAGACGCUCGAGCUCCGGGUGACAGAGGGCACCGCAAGCCAGUUUCUUCUACUCCACCUGUCCAUCCAGCAGAACAUGCUUUUCCUUAAUCAGGCCGCCGUCACCUUUACAAACAGUCGGGCGGGUGCUGAAGCGCCAAAGGAUUUCCUGUCGCGUGUCAGCGCAAAGACCUUUGCGGCUGCAGACCGCAUAUCCGAGAUCUUCAAGGAUGCAGAACAGUCACAAUGCCAUAUCACAGCCCCUUUUGCUGGCUAUUGUGCCUUUUCGUCGACCACGAUUCACAUCAUGGGGAUCUUCUCAGGGGUUACCGCCACUAAGGUAGCUGCAGAAACGAAUUCUGGAAUCAACAUACGGUUUCUGCGCAAGAUGAUGAGGGUCUGGGGGAUGUUCCACUGGAUGGUGGAGAACAUUCGCACGCAGUACCGCACUGCGCUCGAGGCGUCUCAGGCGGGUCGAGGAGAUGAAUCUUCAGCUUCCCGCAUUAUUCCGUAUGGCGACUGGUUCAAUCAGUAUCCACACGGCGUGCCCGAUACCGAUCUUACUGAUUCGGCGAUCCAGCGAAAGCGAGCCGGCGAAGACGGCGUUCUGGAACAGAAACCGGAACUCCAGUCCGUGGAGGAGUUCUUCACAACCUUAUCCCCGACUCAGACAGCGGAGCCUCACAAGCGAUCCGCAACAAAGACAAAACAAGCUGCGAGACGGCAGGGAGAAUUGCCAGCGGCUAACGUGGAAGCGCAAAAUCUCGAGGUUGUGUCAAGGAAUACCGCGGGGCAACGUCGCAGCCCCAGCAAUGGUGCCGCGCCGCCGCCGCCGCGACAUUUUACAUCUGCUCUCGCCGGGCAAACCAGCGGACCAACGGGGUUCAGCCCACUGGUCGUACCGCAAACACAGACCCCGACGUACAAUUCCAUGUCGCCAAUGAGCCCAGUUCAGGUCGACCAGUUCUCUCGACAGACAGGCCAGAACCCGUUCUUCUCUGCAGACAUGUUGUCGAUGAACGUACCGCAGCAGUCUGGAAGUCUGGGGCCGCACCUUGACCGGCAGAUGUCAUUUGCCGGAUUCCCGAUCGACACCGUCGGGGCAGUGAAUGGAAGUCCUACUACCACCAUGGGCGGCGGCAUGAACGGGUGGCCCAGCGUGCCAGGCAAGGGCGACGGCCAGCGCAGCAUGAAAGUCGAGGAUCAUAUCCCCAACGGCCGGCAGGUCCAAGGGCAGCAAAUGCCUGCGCCCGACGGAAUGAGUGCUUUCCACGGCCCGGAUCCGUCGGCGGCCUGGUUCAUACCUUUGGGUAUGGACACCCCCAGCGUGGACCACAGCAUGGGCCUCGAUGGAGGGAGCGGCGCUGACCCAUUCGCCAACAUCUUUGGAGGCGGCGGCGGUCCGAUCAUGACGCAGACCCAGCUCGACGCGUUGAGACACUCGCUUUAGAUUUGGGAAAGACAGCCAUGCUGCAACUGUGGCGGACUACGGCAUCAGAAGGGGGGUUGUCCCUCGGAGGGGUCUUCUUCUCCUUCUACCAAUAUAAAGUAAUAAUGGCAUGAUCUUCCGAGGAAGCGCGACGGAAAGGCAGAAGGGGGCAGCUACUUGGCAGAGCGAAGCACGUUGCCUGACAUACCAUAGCAUUGGGGACGGGAGGAUGGCGGGGAGCAGUGAUACCAUGCAGCAGCCCGCGUUUGUGUUAUGUGCUUGGAACACAGUGUGGACUCUGUAACGCAUAUAGAAACACGUUGCGCGCAAUCUAAUGUAAAAUCACACAUACUUGGAA